GGGAGUUGUCUCUCCUCCUCCUCCUUUUCUCUAUGAGUCAGACAAAGUGUCUGGAGAAAAGGUGAAUUAUGUAAAGGAUCCAUCAAAUGAAAAAGGUUUCUUCUUUUUCAGCUGCAGAGGAGAUCCUGCGUCUCCGUCCAUCCUGCCUCCUGUUGGGAACACAGAGGGAAUGAAUGAGGAGGUGAUGGAGGGCAACCCUGCACGGGAGCAGCAGCAUGCUGGAAACGGCUCCUAUCUUCCUCCUCCUCCCACCAUCACUCCGGCCAUCCCACCCUAUGUGAAGCUGGGUCUGACCAUUGCCUACACCAUCUUUUACUCUCUGCUCUUUGCCUUUGUGUAUGCCCAGCUCUGGCUGGUUCUGAAGUAUCGACAUAAACGUUUCAGCUACCAGACAGCCUUCCUGUUCCUGUGUCUGCUGUGGGCUGCCCUGCGUGCCCUCCUCUUCUCCUUCUAUUUCAGAGACUGUGUGACGGCCAACACACUGGGACCUUUCACUUUUUGGCUGCUCUACUGCUUCCCAGUCUGCCUCCAGUUCUUCACGCUCAGUCUCAUGAACCUCUACUGUGCACAGGUUUACUUUAAAGCAAAAUCCAAGUUCACCCCUUCACUGCUGAAGUACAGACUGCCUCUGUACCUAAUCUUCCUGGGAGUCAGUUUUAUCUUCCUGGUGGUUAAUCUGGUUUGUGCCCUACUGGUCAAGAUGAGCGCUGCUGAUGUUAAAACCAUCGUCCUGGUGAGGGUGACCAUCAACGACAGCUUGUUUGUCCUGUGUGCUGUCUCUCUUUCUGUCUGCCUCUACAAAGUUGCCAAGAUGUCCCUGGCCAGCAUCUACCUGGAGUCAAAGGGGACGUCGGUGUGCCAGGUGAUUCUGAUUGGCAUCAUGGUGGUGCUGCUGUACGCAUCCCGAGCAUGUUACAACCUGGUGGUACUCGCCCUCACUGACAUCGAAAGCAUCAACUCCUUCGACUAUGACUGGUACAACGUCUCAGAUCAGGCAGACCUGCGGUCGUCGCUGGGAGAUGCUGGCUACAUUGUGUUUGGGGUCAUCCUGUUCGUCUGGGAGCUCCUGCCCACCUCACUGGUUGUCUUCUUCUUCAGGGUUAGACAGCCGCCACAGGACCGGAGCACCACCGGGAUACCAAACCAUGUUCUCUCCUCCCGAGGAUACUUCUUUGAUAACCCUCGUCGCUAUGACAGCGAUGAUGACUUGGCAUGGAGCAUUCCCCCUCAGAAUGCAUCAGCAAGACUUUCCUCCGACUGCUACGACUGGGGCAGCCGCCACAGCAGCUUCACCGUCCACACCAACUCUGACGAGCAGCGGCUGACCACCGGAGAGCUGCACCCUUACCCAUGAUGCCCUCUUCCCUGUACAGCACCACUCUGCACUUUGACACUCAUCACUUAUUGUGUUUGUUAAAUCAUUGAUGGAGACACAGUGGAUAUUUAGAAAAAAUAAGAAACAGGGUUCCUGCAUAUAUUUAGUUUGUAAAAUAUAUAUAUAUUUUUUUAAAGAUUUCUUUUGAAGUUUAGAAGAGGGUAAAACUUUAAGUUGUUGUCCCACAUUUUUUAUAAAAUCUCCAGCAGUUUUGAGCUUUUAAAUUCAAAAAGCGUCAUCAAAAUGUCUCCGUGGAAUGAGAAGAAUCCAGCAACCAGUUCUAGUAAAACUUUAUACACUAUCACUUUUCCUUAAUCAAUAUUAGUUGCAAAUCAAAACUGAUGUGAUGGCGCUCAAGAGAUCCCCAUCCUACUAGUUAUCUUAGUUAUCGUCUUCACCUGAAGACUUAUUCUCAUGAUGAUUCAAAGAUUUGAUUAGUUAACUAAAUAUUUGGCCUAAAAGUUCAUGAAUCUGAGAAAAUUUUGUCUGCAGAGCAUCAGUGAACUGUAGGUAUGUUGGGGUGUCACACAAACGUUUUUACCUUCUAUGUUCAGUUGCUAUGGAAAACAAGGGGAAAGAACCUUGAUCCAACCAGUUGAAGCAGAGGGUUUUCCUUCCUAAGGCUGCUUCUGCUGGAAGUUUUCCACCACCAUCUGUGGUUUCCUUACAGUUUUUAUAAAUUGGCAUUUAAUAAAUUGAACGGCUUUAUAAUUGGAUUGAACUGGAUUUAAAUAAAACUUGUUUCUUUUCCUUUUACUUUUAUCAUGAAUCGUGAGCAUACACCCACCACCUACUUUAUUAGCUCCACCUGAUCAACUUCCUGUUAACACAACUAUCUAACCAGCCAAUUACAAGGCAGCAACUCAACACAUUUAGUCAUGUAGACG